UGGAUGAAUGUUUAACGCCUUUCAAACUAAAACACUAUUUAAAACGCUGUAUUGUGAGUCUAAUAUAAUGUUCAUGACUUAUAAGAGUAUGUUUGUAGUUAAACAUGAACAGUAGACUGUUUCAGUGUAGUAUGUAGUGUAUGUAGUAUAUACUACAUAUGUAGUGUGUGUGCUGAUUGCGAGAUAAAGAACAUGCAGUCAAACCAGUUUGUGAUGUAUACCCCUAUGUCAGUCCACACACUCCGUGUUAUUUAGCAACGAAACCAUUGGACUCAGCUUUAAGUACAGAAAGACAAGAGGAGGAAAGGCGCUAUGGGCCAGGGACAGACAAAAAGUCCACAGGUGAUCCUGAUGGGUUUGGAUAAUUCUGGAAAGACGACUUUUCUGGCUCGACUUCUGACUGGACAGGUGAUGGACACGUCACCAACCAUCGGAUUCAACGUUGGAUCUUUCAAUGUGGAUAAGAGGACAUCGUUGACGAUUUGGGACAUCGGCGGACAAAAGAACAUGAUACCCAACUGGAGGUACUACCUGGAUGACUCCAAGGCUCUGGUUUUCAUGGUUGACAGUAGUGAUCCAAGUCGGAUGCGGGAGGCCCAGAAGGCAUUGCGGAAGGUUCUGAGUGACGAAAGGUUACGUGGUGUUCCUUUGAUGGUCCUUGCCAACAAGGCGGAUCAACCCAACGCCAUGACCAUACAAGAGAUCUCCAAGCAGCUUGGAAUGUCCAACUACCCUCACCUGCAAUGGCAGAUUCAAGCAUGCAGCGCACUGCAAGGAGUUGGUCUGCGUCAGGCAUUCUUGUCUGUCGCCAAACUUAUCAAGAAGAGGUAAAAUGGCAUCCGAUGGUGAUAAUCAAGAUGGGAACCUCGGUUUUCGUUAGUAAUCUAUUUCAAAAGAUCAGACGAAUACAGAAUCGUAUGAAAACCGAAUCCAUUUUUCCUGUAGGAAAUGAUGUAAAUCAAAUGAAUAUGUUUCAUGAACACAUAACACAUUUUAUAGAGAAUGAUUAAUGUUUUAAUAUCAGUAAAUAUGAAAUACAUAUCAAUGUCAGGAAUAUAAUGUAUAAAGGAACAUUUACCAUCACAUUUAUUUUUAUUGAAGCAGGGAGGGGAGAGCCACGUGGACAACACUUUUGUACCCUACUAGGAGCUUAUUACAUCUGUUUGUGUUGAAUGCAUUCCCAUUACUCCAGUCUGAGGAGGCUGUGAUUUUGGCUGUUGUUUGUAAUCGCUUACCAGGAUGGUUCUUAAGAACAGCAUCGGUUUAUUACCAUUCCGAGUGUAACCUGCAUCUUGGACGUAUUACCUUGCGUCCCUUUAGGACUUUGUGUUUUGCGUGUGGGUACGCUCUGCGUCCAUGAUCACAGACACGUCACCUCUGUCUCUGCAUCCUGCUGGUCUAGCCCUAACCGAUCAGGACAUCUCUGGCCCCAUGGUGGCUUAUUUUGCAGUUGUACUCAAUCAAAAAAGUACAGGAAUUAAAUAAUUCACCAAUAUGUGAGCUUGUUUGUUUGGACAUUCGAUUUGGCUGAAUGACACACGAUACACAUUCCCUAUACUGUUGUUGACGGAAAUAGUGUUUGUUGUUAUGCGCCCAGGAAAUAAGUUUUGGUAAUGCUUGCUCCUCCACCUCUGAAGUUGUUUGUUAAAUUAACAUCAUAACAAACGACGAGGAUAAUGCAGACUUCAUACAGAAGAAAGUGUCGGAUUCAUCGCCGUAAAAAUAGUUUUUGGACAAUCACACUUUUUAUAUAAAGCAAUAACUGAAUGGAACAAGCGCAUCAAUGAACUCAAGAACAAUACACAUUUUGGAGAUGUUUUUAAGGAAAACAUAAGUCCUGUUAAUACAUUACAUACAUACUUACAGUAUAUCAUCAGUAAAAACUGUUAUUGGAGGUUUUUGCCAGUAUGGCAAGUCCAUUCCUGGACUUGAUAUUUUGUCAUGUUUGAAGUACGGUACAUUCUUCCUCUUCUACCUCUCUCAUAUUUCUAAGCUGCCAGUUGAUGUUUGGAAUGAUAACAUAGACAGAAAUCCCACGUUAUUGCUCUUCGCUGAACAAAUGUGAACAAAUGUAAAUGUAAAACUUUCACUGACUGUAAUGGAAUCCAUAAGGACAUACAAUAAAAACCACAUUCAUU